AUGCCAGCGGAGGUCAGGGAAAGCUCGCCCGAUGUGGCUGAGCCAGCACUCAAGAAGAGAAAUAUCGCUAAAACCACUAAUAAGGUCAAUGACGAAGGCAUCUCUGAAUGCUUCAAGGUUGUUCGUACAAAGUUCUACCUUUCGCUAGCUCCUUGUCAUUUGGGUAACCCCAUCAACGGUAUCAAAGCUCAGCAUUUGGAGCCUUUGGUGAUGAAGUAUCAUGCUAAGGCUAGAGGUGUGGUUUUGUCCUACUUCAACGUCACAUUGUCGAACGAAAGAAACUCUAGCCCAGGUGACAAGUCAGACUUGAUCAAGGUUGACGAUGCCACUCCUUUUGCAUUCUUAUGGGCCACUGUGGAUCUUCUUAUAUGGCAGCCACAACCAGGCGAUGUGUUAGAAGGCUACAUCUACAUGCAAACACAGUCACAUAUCGGUUUGCUUAUCCACGACACAUUCAAUGCAUCUCUUAAAUUUAAAAACCUUCCACAAGAUUGGCAGUUCGUGCCUAGCCAGGCCGACGAGUAUGGCGAAGAACAAGGCGAUUCUGGUAACUCCAAGUUCAGAUCAUACGGAUAUUGGACUGACGAGAACGGUACCAAGGUGGAAGGUAAAAUCAAGUUCACUGUUAAGGUUGUCAACACUUCCGGCAGAAUGGUUUCUUUGGAAGGUACUUUGGUAUCGCCUGAAAGUGAGCUUGAUGCUCAGCCAAUUUCUUCAGAAAGAAGAAAGUCUUCCACCUCUGCUGCUGCUUCUGUCGGUGCUAACCACUUGAGAUUUGAAGAUGAGGAUGGCGCUACUGAGUCGCCUCAGGUCACUGAGAUCCCAGCUGCUGCUGCUGAUGAGGUUCCUUCUUACGACAAAACCGAAGAGAACGACGACUCCUCUAGCGACGAGAGCAGCGACUAA